GGCACAGUUGACCAUUUAACUAAAAACAACUCAGAACUACAAAUUUUACAUUUACAUAUUUGAGGUUGCACCGAUUUCAGUGAAAAUGUGUGAAACUUUCUGUGAUGAUUUGGAGAGCUUCAAUCCAGAAGCGGAAUUUCUUAAAUUUAUCAAACGUAAGCCGCAAGUGCAGACGGCCAAGCUCUAUGAGAACUUGCACAAGCGCGAGGAUAUCAAAUGUCCCUAUAACUUCAAGGGCUAUGGCGUGGAGAAGGACACCAAUACCAUGUACCGCACUUGCAACUCUGAAUAUGGAUACUAUGCUCCGAAUGCCUAUACCAUACCAACGCGCUUCUUUCCCCUCUCCCAGAAAUUCUCGAACGAUGUCGUGCGCUUUGGAAUGUAUCGAAAUUUCUCGCUGAAUACACAUAUGGAUCGAACCUUCUAUUGAGAUCCGCGUUGAGUCCCAAUUCAGAGAGUUUUUGUGUUCGU